GAAAAUUUAAGUUAAAAAAAAGCCACGUCAGGCCGGAGGAAGAGAGACCAUAGACAAUUAGACAUCAUCCCCAGUUCAAUUCUUCUUCCAAUUAUAAACGAAUACGAUGUCGUUUGGAUCUUCUCUGUUAUCUCCUCCGCCGCAUCUUGUUUGCCGGAAACGUAACAGAAUCUCUCCGUUCAGGGUCGCUGCAAACGUUCCCGAUUUCCUCUCUGCAGACUGGUUUGAAUCUCGCAAGAAAAAACCGUUUGGUCCAAGAUUAGAUUUCUCUGCAGAAGAUGCCGUUCAUCAUCAGCUUGAAGCGUUGAAGUACAACGAUCAGCCUCGUCAAGAUUAUGGAAUUGAAGUCAUGUACAGGUUUGCUGGAUUUGAUCCUUUUGAAAGAUCAACCUAUUUUGGACCAUUCUUUGAUCUCGGCCAGUUUGAAAGGUUCAGGCGUAUUUUUCAUCAUUCUACUUACAGAGUUUUAUUGGGUCACAAAGAAAGAAAGAUCAUGAGUAGUUUAUUUGUGGAGGAGAACAAGUAUAAACAACGGAUUUGGGUUCGUGGAUGUCGACCUGAGGAAGAGGAGAUAUUUCAAUUUACAAUGGUUCAGAGGGUUGGUGGUUGCUGGGAUGGUUAUUGGCUGACUGAGUCACUGCUUCACAAUACAGAUACAUUUUCUGGUGGGUUAGCUUAUUGAAAAUCAUUCAAUGGAGAAGAAAUCAGUUUCAUAUUUGAAAAACAUAGUGAUAUACUAUUACUAUCCUAAUCAUAGUAUGUAAAACUUGUACAUAUUUGUAAGAAAUUCAGCUGUAAUUAUGUGUAAAUAAACAAGGACUAUAAUUUGUCCUCGA